ACUUUAUAACUUCCAAUGCAGUGGCUUCUGCUGCCUCCCAAAAUCUGUAAUCUCUUCUCACAUCUUAGUGAAUUCCAGAAACUCCUCGCUGAGAUCCUAAAUCCAUGGCUCACGACCAAGAGCCGUUACAACAUCUCUGGUGCGAAGAUUGGAGAGCGGAGAGUGGAGAGCAUCUUCCCGAGCCGCAACAAAAGCAACAACAGACGCCGCCGCCUCAGUCGACGUCGGCAGCGGAAAGCGAGGCGCUGGCAGCGAUGUCUGCGAUCUGCCAGUCGCUUCUCAGCAUUCUUCGCCUCUGGUUCGAAAUUCUCAGGCCGUUCAGAAAAGAAAAGCAUAAAGACCCUACCGAAUAAAGACCGUGGAACAGGGGAAGCGGGGGCCAGCGAACAGAAGACGGAAAAACAGAAAAUAACAAAAAUCCAUUUCUAUAUACCCAACAUCGACAUCGAGAAUCCACGUCGAGAUCGAGAUCGAGAUGUGUAAAUGAACGCAGUUCCUGCUCGUAGACCGGUCGUCCGUAGUAGUAGCAUCGUUGUGUUCCACAGUUCCAAAGUUCAGUGAGUGGGCAAAAGAGGAAUCCGAGGGUGGAGUCUCCAAAUCCGAAACCAAAACCAAAUCUUAAAUACGAAUCCUGCGCGGAGGAGACAGAAUCGAUCCAAGAUUUGUUGUAAUGGUGCACAGGCGCUGGAUUUUCUGUGAGAGCGGCGAGGAUCCAAACUUCAGGAAGGAGCACUACGAGUAUACCCAAAGCCAGCACCGAUAAUUCCAAUCCAAGCGAAAUCCCCCCAAAUAAGUCCAUUCAACUUGCUGCAAUUAUUUGUGCCAACGAUCUCGAUCUCAUUUGCAACCGCAAAAUAAUCACAACAUAACAAAACAAAAUAAAAAUAAAUUUAAAAACAAAAAUCCCCCACACGAAAAACAAUUGAAACGCGUGCAUAAUUGCUAAUAUAAAACAAAAGAAGGAAAAACAGAAAUUCAGUGCUUUUUGUUUGUAUUUUUUAUUGUUUGGCUUUUUGUGCUCCUCAAAUGUGAGGAAGAGAAUUCAAUCGAAGAAUUGCAAAAACGAGACGAGCGAAAGAGUGCGUGAGAUAGAGAGCAGAAAGAGAGAGGAAGAUCCACGGCGGCCAAAAAGCAUUUUCGA